AUGCCCAGGGAGCCUCAGGGCCGGCGGGGUCAUGGGCGCAGGCGUCCGAUGCCAGCGCGAGGCGAGACUACGAGUGUGAAUAAGCUGAAGAGUAUGAUUCGGCAGACGAAGCGGCUCUUGGGGAAGGAGUCGAUUGAGCCAGGCACGCGUAUUGAGGCGGAGCGACGCUUGCGGGCGAUGGAGCUGGAACUCGAGGAGAGUAUGCAGUCGAACAAGGAGCGCCAAUUUGCGACGCGAUACCACAAGGUCAAGUUUUUUGAGCGGCAGAAACUGAUGCGGCGGCUUCGGCAGCUGCGGCGGGAGCCAGAGAGUCGGCAGGUGCGUGCGCAGCUGUUUGAGCACCGCGUGUUUCUGAACUAUGUCUUGCACUUUCCAGCCGAUCGGCGGUACGUAUCGCUGUUUGCCGGGAACAAGGAGCCUGUCGCGCCCAGUGCGGAUGCGCCUGAUCGUGCGCACCAGAAGGCUGCCGAGUUUUUCAAGCAUGUGCGCAAGUCUAUGAAACGAGGUACCAUGGCUGCCGAGCCAGACAGGGAUCUGCAUCACCGAGAGGAGCAGCACCGGCGAACGCGUGCGCAGCAUGUAAAGAGGAGCGAGGUGGACGUUGGCGAUGGCGAUGGCGACGACGAUGGCGACGACGAUGGCGACGACGAUGGCGACGACGACGAGGCUGACGACGACGAGGCUGACGACGACGAGGCUGACGACGAUGGCGAUGGCGACGACGGCGACGAUGACGACGACGAGAUGCACGACAGAGCUGACCCGCCGCCUUCUAGCGUGGCCAACGACGACUUCUUUGCCUAG